AGCUGCCUCGAGUCUCUAGAGCGGACGCGAGAAUGUUGGCUGCGAUAUUGCAGGUGACUUUGUUCCAGAAGGGCUUAUGGACCAAUCGUAGGGCGACUCGAAUGAAGGGAAAGCCUCGUAUAACUUGCUGCCUGGAAGAUGAGUUUGCCAAGACAACCCGAUUCUAUAGCUUUCAGGUGACGCUGCAUUCACUGCAAGCAUAAUUGUCUCUGGACACUCUUCCUCGCCUCACUGAUGACAACGAACGAGCCGCCUACCAACAAUACUUCAACCGAGCUUCCCUGAAUACUCGCUAUGGGUCUUGACAACCUGCCAGACGAGAUCCUCCUACGAGUUACUACGAAUCUCGGACACAAUGCUCUCUGCAACCUCGCACUCGUCGCACAACGGUAUAGAGGCAUUGCGCAAGAAAAGCUCUACAGAUCGCUCCGCCUAGAAAAGCCGCACAUCCAUCACGAGCGAGAUGGAAGCGGAGAGCGAGACCACAGGGACGAAUACGGAUGCAUCAUUCUACAGCGACGCGUAGAAUACAAGGUUGAAGAUGGCAUUACGCGCGUCGUGAAGCUUGCACGCUCCUUGCUCGAGCGACGGGACCUGGCAAACAUGGUGCGCCGACUCGACCUCACGGUGUUCAAUCACAGUAAGACUCAUAACAGUCGGUGUGUGAAACCCGAUGGUCUUGAUCCUUGUCGGUGUGGAUGGUCUGAAUUCGUCGAUAUAUGCAAAGACUCGAUCUCCAGCAUGACCCACCCCGCUCUUUCGCGCAUUACAAAGCGCAAAUGGAUCAAAGCCAUUCAUUUGGGAAAAGAAGUUGCGAUUCUAGGCGUCAUACUUGCCUCUGUUCCAAACCUGCGAGAGCUCAGCUUGUCCGUUUGGUAUCCAUCAUACAAGACAUAUAUUAAUGGAGCGCGUGACGCAGAUGUCAAUGAAAACCACGACGAGUCUACUUACUGCAAGAUCUGGUUGCAACAGGUUCGGAGAGCGGUAAUCUCACCAGAGCCUAUGCUCGGUAUCCCAACCGGUACAUCAGACCUGCAGCAAGAAAUGAUGAUAACCGAAGUACUCCACCUUGCUGAAUUAGAGAAAUUGAGCAGCAAAUCGCUGGUUCUGACGUCGCUAGUCUCUCUCCCAAAACUUCGGUUCUUAAAGUGUGGACAAUGGUUCAGUAUCUACCCCAGCCCGCAAUACCGAUUUAAUCACUUGCAGCUGCCACAACCACCUCCGCUGCCUUCCAUGAUCAAAGAGCUGACUGUUGAGGUCGAUGUUCUCGUGAUGAUGGAGACCCAGCAUAUCUCUAGCAGUACCCGUCCGAAUAGCGUCCUUGCAGAAAUCCCCGACCUGAAAUGCUUGCAGUUCCGAAUCAUUCCACUAAAGCUACAGGAAGACUUGUAUAGACAGUUCAGCUUCGAUAAAUCAGGCUAUCAGGUCCUAGUUCUCCUCGAUCAUCAUCAUGAAGCCCUUGAAACGCUGGUUAUCGAUGCAGCCGAGCUUUACGAACAGACCACCAACUUGGAAUGGGAUGAGAUGGUGCUCGGAGACCUUUCUCCCAUGCAAUCCUUGGUCCACUACCGCAAACUUCGACGAGUCGUAGCGCCUCAAGAAGCUUUCUUCUCCGUAACACCGCAAUUCGACAUUUGUGCCCUCCCCGAGUCCGUCGAGCGUAUCGAGAUCAUCGACACUACCUGCGCCGUCAAUCGCUUCGCACUCUACGUCAUCGCAAACAAACCAGGCUUCCCUAACCUCAAGACUAUUGUGCUGUGGUGCUACAAGAAGCCAUUACAAGCCCCAGACCCCCGAUUAAGUGUCUUGGACGAUGAUGAGCAAGGAGAGGGCGAGGAAGCUUGGACGUCCGAUUGGAGCAUCUCAGAAUCAGUUUGGGAUGAGUUACUGAAAGUGGGAAUUGAGGUUCUGUGGAAUACGGCCACGAUGCAGGAGUGGAGGGAUGAGAUCCGAACCCCGAGUGGCGUGGCUUCGAUGCCGCGCCAAUCAUGAAACACUGCAUCUCGACGAGUAUAGGGCUUCCAAAGUUUCGGGUUAAGAUUGCUAUGGUGGAGAGGUCGCGGUAGCAGUUAGCUUGCAUGCUGACUUCAGCGUUUCGAGUAUGGGAGGCCAUGACGCGUGCCGGGUGAAGGGGCUUUAAAAUGUAUAUCCUGGCGUCCUCGAGAUCUGGGAUG